AAUAAUGAAAGGUUGGGGGUGGUGGAAUUUGCGUGGGAGGAGUUGGUGGCGUAAGCAGAGGAAGCGGUUGAAGAAAGAAAUGGUCUGAUUGGGAUGGGGAAGGGGAUUUGACCACCUCCUCGUUGUCGUUGUUGGCGGCGAUUUCCGUUUGCUAUUCUUCACUCUAAUCCCUCAUUCGUUACGAACAAACAAAGCAAAAGUUAUUAGAACAAACGAUUGCAAGACAUCGAUGAAGAGCUCUCUGAAGAAAUUGCGAGGUCUGGCGCUUCACAAUCACAACCACAACCGCACUCGCAAGGAUGACUCCUCCAACUUCAUUCAGCCUCUGGGCCAGCUUGACGAGCUUGCUCGGGCCACCCAGGAUAUGCAAGACAUGAGGGACUGCUAUGACACCUUGCUUUCCGCCGCCGCUGCAACCGCCAGUAGUGCCUAUGAAUUCUCUGAGUCCUUGCGAGACAUGGGCUCUUGUCUUCUCGAGAAGACCGCUUUAAAUGACCACGCAGAUGAAACUGGAAAACUUCUCCUCACGCUUGGCAAAAUUCAGUUCAAACUCCACAAACUAAUAGAUGACUACCGUUCUCAUAUAAUUCAGACAAUUACCGUUCCCUCGGAGUCUCUCUUGAAUGAACUUCGAAUUGUUGAGGAGAUGAAGCGGCAAUGUGAUGAGAAAAGAGACGUAUAUGACUAUAUGGUAGCAAGAUACAGAGAAGGAGGCAGGUCUAAAGGCGGGAAAGGGGAAACUUUUUCUUUGCAGCAGUUGCAAACUGCUCAUGAUGAAUAUGAUGAAGAGGCUACUUUAUUUGUUUUCCGAUUGAAAUCUCUGAAGCAAGGACAAUCGCGUAGUCUUCUAACACAGGCAACGCGUCACCAUGCUUCUCAGGUUCUUCACAUUCCCCUGUUUCCUUGUAAGAAUUGGAGUUUUUUUUUUUUUUUUNAGACAACAUUCUUAAAUAUCUCUUCUUGGUGUUUUAGGCAGCUGAGACACUGGCUAAAGAAGGAAUCAGCGCUGAGGUUAUUAAUUUGCGUUCAAUCCGACCACUGGAUCGAUCAACGAUCAAUACUUCUGUCAGGAAAACCAACAGGCUAG